CAGGCAGCCAGCCGGCGCUUGGCUCCGCUCUCUUUCCUCCAGUCGAGCUGAGGGUGGGGUGCGGGAAGGGGCCUGGCGCCCGCAGGUCCUGCCAGCCGAGCCCUCCCUUUGCGGGCCAUGGCGGUGGAAGGAGGAAUGAAAUGUGUCAAGUUCUUGCUCUACGUUAUCCUGCUGGCCUUCUGCGCCUGUGCAGUGGGACUGAUCGCUGUGGGAGUUGGGGCCCAGAUCCUCCUGAAUCAGACUGUGAUCCAGGGGGCCACCCCUGGCUCUCUGUUGCCUGUGGUCAUCAUCGCAGUGGGCGCCUUCCUCUUCCUGGUGGCCUUUGUGGGCUGCUGUGGGGCCUGCAAGGAGAACUACUGCCUUAUGAUCACGUUCGCCAUCUUCCUGUCCCUUAUCAUGUUGGUGGAGGUGGCUGCAGGCAUUGCUGGCUAUAUGUUUAGAAAUAAGGUGAUGUCAGAAUUUAACAAGGACUUCCAGCAGCAGAUGCAGGAUUACUUGAAAAAUAAUAAGACAGCUUCGAUCCUGGACAAGAUGCAGAAAGAGUUUAAGUGCUGUGGGGCCCAUAACUACACUGACUGGGCGAACAUUCCUCUUAUGCCCAAGGAUCGAGUCCCUGACUCCUGUUGCAAGAAUACAACACAGGGCUGUGGGAUUAAGUUCAAAGAGGAUGACAUCUAUAAAACUGGCUGUGUGGAGACGAUCGGGCUAUGGCUGAGGAGAAAUGUGCUGGUGGUUGCUGGAGCAGCCCUGGGCAUUGCUGUUGUGGAGGUCCUGGGGAUUAUAUUUGCUUGCUGCCUUGUGAAGAGUAUUCGAAGUGGUUAUGAAGUGAUGUAAGAGGUUUGGUCUCGUCAGCGCCCUCAUGUUGGGAAAUGGGGGAACAUACUCCAAGUUUUUUCAAUUAAACGGAUUAUUUUUUCAGACUCAAGAGAA